UAUUUAAAUUUAUUUUCAAGUAUUUUUUACAACAACAAGCUUUUUGUUGCUAUUAUUUUAUAUUAAUGCCAAGUGCAAGAUCAACUUCUCGUGGUCGGCCAGUAAAGCGUAGUUCGCGUUCAACAAGCGCGAGUAGGAAGGCAAAGCCAACAAUACAAAAAUUUUCUCCUCCAACACAGCAGCAGAAGAAGAAGCUUUCAUCACCACAAUCAUUGCGCAAGUCAAAGUCUCCACAAAAAUCAAUUCCUAAAGAAAAGGCACGCAAAACUCGUUCAACUUCACGAACUCGAAAGGUGAAUACUGCUCCGCCAGCUGUGAGUGCCAACAAGAAAAAAGAAAAGACUUUUAGUCGUCCGAGCCCUCCACAACAAUCAUAUAGUAGCUCAACUACAAUUAAAACAACUACUUUAACGGCAACCAGAGGAGCAGCUCGUCCAGCUACAGCUUCUCCACUUCCAUUUGCUUUGCGUGGUUCAAUUUCACCACCAUUACUUCGUUCACGUACUGCUGCUGCAUUAGCAAAUAAUAAUAAUCAAAGAGGACUUACACAUUCACCGCAGGCAAGAAAAACUUUGAAAAGAAGGGGGACAUAUUAUGAGCAGAUAAAGAAUAGUGCAGUCUGUCGACAAUUGGGAAAAUUUGGAAAUUGUGUUAAAAAGGUUUUAUUUUUUAUUUGA